AUGGCAGGCGGUGGCGGCUGGCAAGGAGGCGGUGGUAGAGGCGGCGGCGGUGGAUAUGGUGGCGGCAGCAAAGGCGGAUAUGGCGGUGGUGGUGGCGGUUACAGUGGUGGUGGUGGCAAGGGACGCGGCGGCGGCGGAGGCAGCUAUGGUGGAAGCAGUGGUUAUGGCGGCAAAGGAGGUGGCGGUGGCGGUUGGCAAUCAGGUGGUGGUGGCGGCGGCGGUAAAGGCGGCUAUGGUGGUGGUAGUUCUGGUGGUUAUGGCGGCGGUAAAGGAGGUGGUGGCGGUGGUGGCUAUGGUGGUGGUGGUCAUGGUGGCGGCGGUGGUUAUGGUGGUGGUGGCGGUAAAUGGUAA